CUUCAAUCGCAAACCGGCUAUUGCGUACUAGUCACAUUCGUUUCUGUUUCCUUGCGCAGCCCACUACUAAUUACGGUGUAAUGGUCUAGCCGGCUACCACCGCAGUGCAGGCGACUUGGCGCCGCCCCCAGGAAGUCCGUUGACGUUGGCUGUACCCACUAAAGAAAAAGUUGGGAUCGUCAUUGCGCCCCCAAUCUCGACACUGCGACUGCGCCCCGGUGCUCAGCAAUCGGGCCCGAUAUGGCGAGAGACCUGUCGCCCUAUAGCGCGCGACGGCUGCUUACGCAACAGCUAGUCCAAGGCCAGACUGCCUCGCCCCCGAUAGUCGCAAGCAGGAACGGAAGCCCGAGCAGGUUGUCGAGACAUGGAUCCGAACGCGUUGGGAAGGAGGCUUCGAUAGCGUCUGGUCACCGCUCGAGAAGUAGAUCGAGAGAGAGGAAGCCCGAGAACGUACCGAACGCCCGUGAGCCAAAGGACACGACAGUCGAGCCAAGCGCUGUCCGCGGGCGGGAACGGUCGCCGGAACCAUACAGGAAACCGCAAGGCUCCUCCAGAGAGACGAAGCGCGAUGGUUCGAGAGAGCGGAGGAAGGAUCGAUCCAGAGACAGGCGACGAGACCGGUCACGCGACAAGAGGCGAGAAAGAUCAGGCGACAGAAAGAGAGAUCGCUCGAGGGACAGAAAGCGCGAUCGCUCGCGCGACAAGGACGGAGACAGGAACAGAAAGCGCGAUCAUUCCACAGACAGACACAGCCGGCGAGAUCGCUCGCGCUCCAGAGAGCGACGACGCCGCGACAAGUCCAAAGAGGGCAGGCGUUCACGCUCGCCCAUACCGUACCGUUCUCGCAAACCGCGCACUCGCUCGCCCUCUGCACCCACGUCUCCUCCGCCCAAGCGGCACCGGCGCACACACUCUCCAUCGCCCUCGCGCUCACCGCCUCCCCACAAGCGGGCUAAACAACCGCUACCUUCACAAGAAGUCUCCUUCCGGGGGCUUGACGACUCGGCCCAACCACCCUCCAAGUAUGGCGGCGCACCGCCUGACAAGGAGAAACCCAACUUCAAGCCUACCGGCGCGCUAGCCAAAGCUGCCAACCGCGUAGAAGGCACCAAGAUCUCCCUCAAGUACCACGAGCCGCCCGAGGCACGCAAACCGCCCGCUUCACAACCCUGGCGCAUCUUCGUGUUCAAGGGCGAUGAUGUGGUAGACACCAUCGAACUUUGGAACAAGAGCUGCUGGCUACUUGGACGAUCACUGGAAGUCGUCGAUUACGUACUCGAGCACCCUAGCUCAAGUGGACAGCACGCCGUCAUCCAAUUCCGGUACAUACAAAAGACGGUAGAAGAUGAGUUCGGCGUCAAGAGCCACAGAGGAAAGGUCAAGCCCUACAUCAUUGACCUGGAAAGCAGUAAUGGCACGGAGCUGAAUGGAGAGGAUCUCGAGGCGAGUCGCUACUUUGAGCUUAGGGACAAGGACAUACUCAAAUUUGGAGGCAGUGAGAGGGAGUACGUGGUCAUGCUGCCACCAGCGGAGUCUAAGUAGGAAGGAAUGAACAUAGUAGAAGACACACACUACCAUUGCGUAGUUGCAAUAAUAAAUGCGGAUGUCACAUGGAAAUCUCUCGCUGACACAGCAGCUGGGUCCAGAUAUACACAAUAGAGAGGAAAAAAAAUGUCAAAUCAUACGUGA